AUCUUUUCUUUCUCGCUUCCUUUUGAAGCCUCCGCGAGUACAAAAAUGUCCGGAGAUAAUAAGAAGAAGGUAAUUGUGAAGUUGGACUUGCAUGACGAUGUGGAGAAGCAAAAGGCAUUGAAAGCAGUCUCCAAACUUCAUGGGAUUGAUUCCAUCUCCAUGGACAUGAAGGAGAACAAGCUCACUGUCGUCGGGUGUGUUGACCCGGUGGAUGUCGUCGGCAGGGUCAGAAAGUUUUGGGACGCUCGGAUUUCCUACGUCGGUCCGGCUAAGGAGCCGGAGAAGAAGAAAGAGGAGCCCAAGAAGGAGCCCAAGAAAGACGGCGAGAAGAAGAAGGAUCCGAACAACCAAAUCGCCGAGCACGUCAAAAUAUACGGAAAUAAUCCGUAUAUCGUCAUACCGUAUUAUGUAGAAAGGACCGAGGAAUACCCUAAUUCUUGUGUGAUCUGCUAAAACCAUGUUCGUUUCCUUCCACUGAGAGUGUAGAAGUUGUUAAUGAAGUUGUUUUUGAUCGUAAAUUUUACUUCUGUUAUC